UUGCAUAAACAGAUCAGGUAUGCCUCAUGCCCGUUAAAACUAAUCCGUCGUGAUCUGUAGUCAACGCGCUACGGAUCUCUUCCUCUACUAGUAAAAGCUUUCCCGGCCCCAUCUCAAGAGCACGUACGUACACAUGGCGAAGCUGAGCGCCGCCGCAGUCGUGGCAUCCCUCUGCUGCUGCUGCGUGCUGCUCGCCGGGAAGCCAGCGGCGGCCAACGAUGGCGGCUUCGAGAGGACCGUGUUCGAGCUAGUGAACGCCGCCAUCAGAGGCAACUCCACCGUCGGCGGCGGCGACCCCCGCGUCGGCCCCGCCCUGAUCCGCUUGCUGUUCCACGACUGCUGGGUAAAUGGCUGCGACGGAUCCGUGCUGCUGGACGAGACUCCCGCCGACGGGACCGACACCGAGAAGAAGGCGGGCAAGAGCAUAGGCCUGGGCGGCUUCGACGUGAUCGACAGGAUCAAGGCAGAGCUCCUCCGGUCCGGCGACGACGCGUCGUGCGCCGACAUCUUGGCCUUCGCGGCACGCGACGCGGUCGGCGUCCUCAGCGGCGGACGGAUCAGGUACCCGGUGCGCCGCGGCCGCGGGGACGGCGUGACGUCGUCGUCCGCCGCCGCCGACGCGGCGCUCCCGUCACACACGCCGUCCGGCGGCUUCUCCGAGCUGGAGGCCAACUUCGCCGCCAGGGGCUUCGGCAAGGGCGACCUCGCCGCGCUCUGCGGCGCGCACGCGGUCGGCGUCUCACACGCAGCCUCCUUCGCCGAUCGCCUCGCCCCGUCGGUCGCCGCCGCCGGACAGAUCAACGGCACGUACCGGCUAGCCCUCGCCUCGCGGCAGGAGCUGCUGCCGCUGACGCUGAAUUAUUCGACGGCGACGUCGGAGAGCAUGAGCAUGAGCAACAACGUCCGCGACACGGAGCCGGCGUUCCGGGCGGCGUCCAGCUACAGCGGCGUCGGGGUGGACACGGCGGCCAGGGGCGCCCUGGACAACAGCUACUACACGGCCAACCUGCAGAACAUGGUGCUGCUCAAGUCCGACUGGGAGCUCACCCAGGACGAGCACACCCUGGGUCGUCUGGUGCAGUACAGGGACGACGCGGACAGAUGGAGCGAGGACUUCGGCAAGGCCAUGGAAAAGCUCAGCGACCUGGGGCCUCCCGUCGGGGCGCGCCUCGAGAUCAGGAAGAAGUGCAGGCUCACCAACCCGAGUCCUCGACAAGCACUUGUGCGCGCGCUGAAGCAUUUCUUACAAAGACGCCACGACCAGAUAUCUUGUUUGCUAAAACUUUUCAAUGCAGGGUUGGUGUUAGUCCUGUAAGUCUGGGCCGUGCCUAUUGGGCCAGCACGAGCCCGGCACGUUUUUAAAAGCACGAAGCCCGGCCCAGCACGGGAGAAGAAUAGUCGGGCCGGCACGGCACGUUCAUCGUGCUGGGCCGUGCUUUUGCUUUCGGCCCGACGGCCCACAUGACCCGGCACGGGAGCUUGGGCCGUGCCCGGAUCGGCCCGGCACGAAAUUCAGCCCGACGGCGCGGCGGCGUUAGGGUUACGCGAUUUACUUCCUCUCCCGAGUCCCGACCUCUCGUUUCUCCCUCGUCUGCGGUCCGCCGCCUCUCCAAAUCCAGCCUCCAGUCCGCCGCCCUCUCUCACAGCUGAUCCAUUCGGUCUUCUCCAACUCCAGUACUCCACCGUACCACCAUCGAGGAGAGGAGAGUACGGCCCUAGCAAUCCAGUUGUCCAGCCCCAGGCGGCCACGAGCGGACGAGCCCACUCCCUGUGUGGAACGAAGCAUCUUGGCUGUGUUGAAGGGAGCGCGCGGCGCGGUCGUAGGCCACGGCGGAGGGAGCGCGCGGCGCGGUCGUAGGCCACGGCGGCCUCCUCGGCUGUGUCGAAGGUUCCCAGCCAGUGCCGCUCCUUGGUGGCCGGCUCCCGGAUCUCCGCCGCGUACCGGCCCCACGGCCAGCGCCGCACGCGCAGGUACCGCGUCGUGUUGGCGUCCGCCUGGGGCUGCGCCACGAGCGAACGAGCCCACGACCGCAGAACGCUUGGAUCCAGCGCGACGGCGACAGAGAGGCCGAGAUGCGGGCUUAUCAGGAACUGAGGCGUGUCGUGCCUGGGCCAGCACGGCCCGACGGAAGCCCGUCGUGCUUUAGGGCCGUGCUGGGCCUUACUUCUAUUCGCCAGGCCCGGUAAGGCACGGCCCGACUCUAUUUCGUGCUGGCUAGGCCCGACUAACUGAGGCCCGAAGCACGGCGGGCUCGUGCCGGGCCGGCACGGCACGGCCCAACUUGCAGCACUAGUUGGUGUGAUAAAUCAGGAUAAUCAUUUUGGGACGUCUUGUUUCUUCUAACAUUAUCUGAUUAACUCCCUACUUUUAUCUACCACAAGUACAAUGCUUAUGUAUUACUACGGCAUACAAGAACAAAUAUUAUAUUUUAUUUUAGGUAAAAUAUUUUAAAAUGUAUAAAUUCAAAAGGAAUUUAACCUUGUUUUUAUGUAAACCACUUGGGUGCUCAUCUUCUUUUAUCUAUCAGAGUGGCACUAUAUGGAGAUUAGGCGUGAUACACGAUAAUCGUUGAAAUUAUUGUUGUAUAGUAGUAGAGACAGAGAUAGAGAUAAAGAUGGAGAUAGAAAUAAAGAUUCAUCAAUUUUUUUUUGU